GGAUGGCAUCCAUCAGUCAGUCAGCUGUCAAAUACGUGCAAAAGUGAUUUUGGGAAUCCUGAGAUUUAACAAAAACUUAGAAUAAAUCAGUGUAACAGUGAAGAUCUUGCGAACACUACAUAAGCGCAGUGUAUAUUUUAAAAUGUAUUGAAGAGAAACACAAAAAAAUACAAUGGGUAAAAAUAAAAUGAUCGCGAAAAGCUGUCCGAAGUGUGAGAUGCAGGUGGCAGUGGCAUCUAAAGCCUGCAAAUGCGGGCAUACAUUCUUCGCGGCGAGACGUGGCGCCGACAGCUUACCAGCAGCAGAGGACAUGAAGCGACGCACCGGACGCGUGAGACGAUCGCGGACUCAGUUCUAUGACGCGCAGCAUUAUCAGAAGCAAAUUAAGAGACGGUCUCCCAAAAAAAGAUCCUUGUCUCGCUCACUGGAUUACGACUAUAAAGGAAAAGAGAAAGAGAGUGCCACAGCAGUAGCUAGACGCAGACGCGCGCUCCGCCGCGCCAAGCGUUCCCCGCCGGCAUCCGGGGAACGAACCCGUGACCCUACACCUCAGCUCCGACCCGCUCAGUUAGCCCGCUGCCGACUCAUACUGCACGAGAUCAACCGGAAGCUACAGGCGGUGACGUGGGCGCCGCCAUCUUAGUGUUAGUGAUGUGACAUAAUCAACAGUUGAAGUAUCAAUUGAAAUUCUCGAUAGUCUUCUUAUCGAUAAUUUACACUUAACUAUUAACGCCAUCUUAGUACUAGUAAUGUGUCUUAUGUACUCCCCGUUCGCAUCCGGGGAACGAACCCGUGACCCUACUCCGCAGCUAAGACCCGCUCAGUUAGCCCGCUGCCGACUCAUACUGCACGAGAUCAACCGGAAACUACAGGCGGUAACGUGGGCGCCGCCAUCUUAGUGCUGAUGUGACAUAGUCAACAGUUGAAGUAUCAAUUGAAACUAAAACUCGAUUGUCUUCUCAUCUAUAAUUUGCACUAUUAUUAACGUCAUUUUAGGUGGUCACGUAAGCGCCGCCAUCUUAGUGCUAGUAAUGUAUCAUGAGCGUUCCCCAACGGCAUCCGGGGAACGAACCCGUGACCCUACACCGCAGUGUCUUAUACGUUCCCCGCCUUAGUCUGGCGAUCGAACCCGUGACCCUACUCCGCAACUACGACCCGCUCAGUUAGCCCGCUGCCGGCUCAUACUGCACGAGAUCAACCGGAAGCUACAGGCGGUGACGUGGGCGCCGCCAUCCUAGUGCUAGUGAUGUGACAUGAUCAACAGUUGAAGUAUCAAUUGAAACUCUCGAUAGUCUUCUUAUCGAUAAUUUGCACUUUGCUAUUAACGUCAUCUUAGGUGGUCACGUAAGCGCCGCCAUCUUAGUGCUAGUGAUGUGACAUGAUCAACAGUUGAAGUAUCAAUUGAAACUCGAUUGUCUUCUUAUCGAUAAUUUGCACUAUUAUUAACGCUAUGUUAGGUGCUCGGUCACGUAAGCGCCGCCAUCUUAGUGCUAGUAAUGUGUCUUAUACGUUCCCCGCCUUAGUCUGGCGAGCGAACCCGCGACCCCACCCUGCAACUUCGACCGGCUCAGUUAGCUCGCUGCCGCGGCUCAUACUGCACGAGAUCAACCGGAAGCUACAGGCGGUCACUUGGGCGCCGUCAUCUUAGUGCUCAGUCAUGUGAGCGCCGCCAUUUUAGUUGUUCGAUCAAGUGAGCGCUGCCAUCUUAAGCCUCAUUCAGAGUGGAGACGCGGGCGAUUCUUUACAUCUGUGCCAAAAUGACUUAGAACCACGGGCAGUCACAUCAUAACAGAUGCUAUUACCGCAAACUAUACGAACGAACCUAGCCAUAAGCUAGAAACGCCUGCGCCUCACUCUGAAUGGGGUCUUACAGCGCGGUCACGUGGGCCGCCAUUUUAGAUGAUCGAUAG